AUGGCGGCUACGGUCGCGCACUCCCAGGCGCUUCCGCCGGGGCUUCAUCCAUUGCAGGCGGCCGCUAUGAGGGCUGCCGGCAACGGGCAACAGCAGCAGCAGCAGCAAUCGCAACAAUCACAACAAAGGGAUUUUAAUGAUGAGCCCUUCGAUGUGACAUCCAGGAAGCUGUCUGUGAGCGACCUCGUUCGCGUGAGGACAUUGGGAACAGGGACCUUUGCCCGCGUAUGCCUCGUGCGGCCAUCCCACGGCACCGAAACCGAUCGCAGCAAGGUGUAUGCCCUCAAGAUACUCCGAAAGACCGAAGUAAUCAAACUGAAGCAGAUUGACCACGUGCGCCACGAGCGUCAGAUCCUGGCCGACGUAAGAGGGCACCCCUUUAUAACGAACUAUGUGGCCUCCUUCUCGGAUCACGAUUUCCUCUACAUCCUCCUUGACUACGUGCCUGGUGGCGAACUCUUCACCUACCUGCGCAAGUUCCGCCGUUUCGACGAAAACAUGGCCCGCUUCUACGCCGCCGAGAUCGUCCUAAUCCUCGAGCACUUGCACGAGCAUCAAGGGGGGAUAGCCUAUCGGGACAUGAAGCCUGAAAACCUCCUACUAGACGGCGAGGGCCACAUCAAGCUCGUCGACUUUGGUUUCGCCAAGCGGUUAGGAAAUAACGAAUCCGGCCACCCAGUCGAAACCUACACCCUUUGCGGCACACCCGAGUACCUCGCGCCGGAGGUGAUCCAUAACAAGGGUCAUACCACCGCGGUCGACUGGUGGGCGCUGGGGAUCCUCAUCUACGAGUUCCUCACGGGCUACCCGCCGUUUUGGCACCAGAACCCUAUUGAGAUCUACAAACAAAUCGUCGAGAAGCCCAUCGUGUUCCCCCAAGAACCCGCCAUCAGCGACCCCGCCAAGGACAUCAUCCGGCAGUUCUGCACCGUCGACCGGUCCCGCCGCCUCGGUAACAUCUCGGGCGGCGCCGCCAAGGUGAAGGCCCACCCCUUCUUCGCCGGCGUCGACUGGGACGCCGUCUACCACAAGCGCCACCGCGGCCCCAUCAUCCCCCCGGUUAGGUACCCCGGCGAUGCCCAGUGCUUCGACAUCUACCCCGAGGAGGACGCCAACCGGGACGAGUACACCGAGGAGAUGGUGGGGAAGUAUGAUGCGUACUUUAAGGAUUUUUGA